UUAAAAUUAAAAAUAAUUAUCCAUAUAGAGCGUACCUACAAACAGUAUUGGAAUAAUCAUAUACUCAUAGUUAUUUUUGUGUUAAGAUUUUGUAGCUUGCUUAUUACCUUAUUAAUCAUUAAAUCUUCUUAUCAGAUAAUAAAAUCCACACAUGAAUGUUUGCACAAUCAAACAUUGUUCUGCUCUCGCGUCGUUAUCACUUUAGACCAUCGCGAGAAAGUAAAAAAGUUCGUUCUAGUGAAAAAGUUUAGGCCUUUUCGACGUUAUGUAGUUUGUAAACGUACAAAUUUCAAAUUGACAAAUGGCCCUAAACGACUUUGUUAACACGACUAUAAAAUGUCUCACUCUGCCGGCUGCUAUCAUCACUGGGAUUCAAGCAGCAAUAUGGUUCACGUUAUCAUUAUUAGCAAUAUUUUGCUAUAAUAAUAUCAUUGGAAGAUCGGAUUCAUUAGAAAAAACAAGCUAUGGAUAUAUCAUUUAUACGUAUUAUCUACAACCCACUGAUGAAAUACAAGAACAGUAUAUUGUACAUCCUAAAGCACUUAACAUAUUUAUGUACGUCUAUUUGGUGCUCAGCUUCAUAUGGUUGGUAAUAUCUAUAUCUUUGGCAUGGGUGACGAUAAAAAAGAAAUGGAAGGCUGUAUCGAAAGUAUUGAUAUGUUGGGCUAUAACUACCAUAAUUAUAGCAAUUCUGGACAUAACUCUUAUGAGUUUACUGGCGUCGGAUAUACAGAAAGCAAGAAGUAAUAAUCAAUCUUUAAUAAGAGGACAGGAUUCUAUACAAACUACAUCUAGCACUAUGGAAUCAACUGAACCAUUUUCAACUAAAUCAUCUCCCUUCACAAUAACAACUGAACCGUCACCAUUCACAAUAACUACUCAAACGUUCCCAUUCACAGUAACGACUGAACAGACCCCAUUCACUCUAACAAGUGAACCGUCACCAAUCACAAUGACUACUAAAACGUCCCCAUUCACAAUAACGAAUGAACCGUCCCCAUUUUCAAUAUCAACUGAAGAGUCACCAUUUACCAUAACCACUGACACGUCCCCAUUCACAGUAACAACUGAACAAACACCAUUCACAGUAACAACUGAACCGUCACCGUUCACAUUAACUACUGAAACAUCCCCAUUCACAAUAACAACUGAAAAGACUCCAUUCACAAUAUCAACUGAGCCAUCUGCGUUCACAAUAACUACUGAAACGUCCCCAUUCACAAUAACGACUGAACAGACACCAUUCACAGUAACAACUGAACCGUCAAAAUUCACAAUAACUACUGAAACGUCCCCUUUCACAAUAACAACUGAAAAAACUCCAUUCACAAUAACAACUGAACCAUCACCGAUUACAAUAACUACUGAAACGUCCCCAUUCACAAUAACGACUGAGCAGACACCAUUAACAGUAACAACUGAACCGUCACCAUUCACAAUGACUACUGAAACGUCCCCUUUCACAAUAACAACUGAACAGACUCCAUUCACAAUAACAACUGAACCGUCCCCAUUUUCAAUAUCAACUGAAGAGUCACCAUUCACAAUAACAACUGAACAGACUCCAUUCACAAUAACAAUUGAACCGUCCCCAUUUUCAAUAUCAACUGAAGAGUCGCCAUUCACAAUUACUACUGAAACGUCCCCAUUCACAAUAACGACUGAACAGACACCAUUCACAGUAACAACUCAACCGUCACCGUUCACAAUAACUACUGAAACAUCCCCAUUCACAAUAACGACUGAGCAAACACCAUUCACAGUAACAACUGAACCGUCACCAUUCACAAUAACUACUGAAACGUCCCCAUUCACAAUAAGAACUGAAAAGACUCCAUUCACAAUAUCAACUGAGCCAUCUGCGUUCACAAUAACUACUGAAACGUCCCCAUUCACAAUAACGACUGAACAGACACCAUUUACAGUAACAACUGAACCGUCACCAUUCACAAUGACUACUGAAACGUCCCCUUUCACAAUAACAACUGACCAGACUCCAUUCACAAUAACAACUGAACCGUCCCCAUUUUCAAUAUCAACUGAAGAGUCACCAUUCACAAUAACCACUGAAACGUCCCCAUUCACAGUAACAACUGAACCGUCACCAUUCACAAUAACUACUGAAACGUCCCCAUUCACAAUAAUAACUGAAAAGACUCCAUUCACAAUAUCAACUGAGCCAUCUGCGUUCACAAUAACUACUGAAACGUCCCCAUUCACAAUAACGACUGAACAGACACAAUUUACAGUAAUAACUGAACCGUCACCCUUCACAAUGACUACUGAAACGUCCCCUUUCACAAUAACAACUGACCAGACUCCAUUCACAAUAACAACUGAACCGUCCCCAUUUUCAAUAUCAACUGAAGAGUCACCAUUCACAAUAACCACUGAAACGUCCCCAUUCACAGUAACAACUGAACCGUCACCGUUCACAUUAAUUACUGAAACAUCCCCAUCCACAAUAACAACUGAAAAGACUCCAUUCACAAUAUCAACUGAGCCAUCUGCGUUCACAAUAACUACUGAAACGUCCCCAUUCACAAUAACGACUGAACAGACACCAUUCACAGUAACAACUGAACCGUCAAAAUUCACAAUAACCACUGAAACGUCCCCUUUCACAAUAACAACUGAAAAAACUCCAUUCACAAUAACAACUGAACCAUCUCCGAUUACAAUAACUACUGAAACGUCCCCAUUCACAAUAACGACUGAGCAGACACCAUUAACAGUAACAACUGAACCGUCACCAUUCACAAUGACUACUGAAACGUCCCCUUUCACAAUAACAACUGAACAGACUCCAUUCACAAUAACUACUGAACCGUCCCCAUUUUCAAUAUCAACUGAAGAGUCACCAUUCACAAUAACCACUGAAACGUCCCCAUUCACAGUAACAACUGAACAAACACCAUUCACAGUAACAACUGAACCGUCGCCAUUCACAAUAACUACUGAAACGUCCCCAUUCACAAUAACAACUGAAAAGACUCCAUUCACAAUAUCAACUGAGCCAUCUGCAUUCACAAUAACUACUGAAACGUCCCCAUUCACAAUAACGACUGAACAGACACCAUUCACAGUAACAACUGAACCGUCACCAUUCACAAUGACUACUGAAACGUCCCCUUUCACAAUAACAACUGAACAGACUCUAUUCACAAUAACAACUGAACCGUCCCCAUUUUCAAUAUCAACUGAAGAGUCACCAUUCACAAUAACCACUGAAACGUCCCCAUUCACAGUAACAACUGAACCGUCACCAUUCACAAUAACUACUGAAACGUCCCCAUUCACAAUAAUAACUGAAAAGACUCCAUUCACAAUAACAACUGAACCAUCUCCGUUCACAAUAACUACUAAAACGUCCCCAUUCACAAUAACGACUGAACAGACACCAUUCACAGUAACAACUCAACCAUCACCGUUCACAAUAACUACUGAAACAUCCCCAUUCACAAUAAUGACUGAACAAACACCAUUCACAGAAACAACUGAACCGUCACCAUUCACAAUAACUACUGAAACGUCCCCAUUCACAAAAACAACUGAAAAGACUCCAUUCACAAUAACAACUGAGCCAUCUGCGUUCACAAUAACUACUGAAACGUCUCCAUUCACAAUAACGACUGAACAGACACCAUUCACAGUAACAACUGAACCGUCACCAUUCACAAUGACUACUGAAACGUCCCCUUUCACAAUAACAACUGAACAGACUUCAUUCACAAUAACAAAUGAACCGUCCCAAUUUUCAAUAUCAACUGAAGAGUCGCCAUUCACAAUAACCACUGAAACGUCCCCAUUCACAGUAACAACUGAACAAACACCAAUCACAGUAACAACUGAACCGUCACCGUUCACAAUAACUACUAAAACGUCCCCAUUCACAAUAACAACUGAACAGACUCCAUUCACAUUAACAACUGAACCAUCACCAUUAACAAUAAGUACUGAAACGUCCCCAUUCACAAUAACAACUGAACAGACGCCGUUCACAGUAACAACUGAAAAGACUCCAUUCACAAUAACAACUGAACUAUCUCCGUUCACAAUAACUACUAAAACGUCCCCAUUCACAAUAACGACUGAAAAGACCCCAUUCACAGUAACAACUGAACCAUCUCCGUUCACAAUAACUACUGAAACGUCCCCAUUCCCAAAAACGACUGAACAAACACCAUUCACAGUAACAACUGAACCGUCACCGUUCACAGUAACUACUGAAACGUCCCCAUUCACAAUAACAACUGAACAGACGCCGUUCACAGUAACAACUGAAAAGACUCCAUUCACAAUAACAACUGAACUAUCUCCGUUCACAAUAACUACUAAAACGUCCCCAUUCACAAUAACGACUGAACAAACACCAUUCACAGUAACAACUGAACCGUCACCGUUCACAAUAACUACUGAAAUUUCCCCAUUCACAAUAACGACUGAACAGACACCAUUCACAGUAACAACUGAGCCGUCACCAUUCACACUAACUACUGAAACGUCCCCAUUCACAAUAACAACUGAAAAGACUCCAUUCACAAUAACAACUGAACCGUCUCCGUUCACAAUAACUACUGAAACGUCCCCAUUCACAAUAACGACUGAACAGACACCAUUCACAGUAACAACUGAACCGUCACCAUUCACGAUGACAACCGAAACGUCCCCUUUCACAAUAACAACUGAACAGACUCCAUUCACAAUGACUACUGAACCGUCCCCAUUUUCAAUAUCAACUGAAGAAUCGCCAUUCACAAUAACCACUGAAACGUCCCCAUUCACAGUAACAACUGAACAAACACCAUUCGCAGUAACAACUGAACCGUCACCGUUCACAAUAACUACUGAAACGUCCCCAUUCACAAUAACAACUGAAAAGACUCCAUUCACAAUAACAACUGAACCAUCUCCGUUCACAAUAGCUACUGAAACGUCCCCAUUCACAAUAACGACUGAACAGACACCAUCAACAGUAACAACUGAACCGUCACCGUUCACAAUAACUACUGAAACGUCCCCAUUCACAAUAACGACUGAACAGACACCAUUCACAGUAACAAAUGAACCGUCACCAUUCACGAUGACAACCGAAACGUCCCCUUUCACAAUAACAACUGAACAGACUCCAUUCACAAUAACUACUGAACCGUCCCCAUUUUCAAUAUCAACUGAAGAGUCGCCAUUCACAAUAACCACUGAAACGUCCCUAUUCACAGUAACAACUGAACAAACACCAUUCGCAGUAACAACUGAACCGUCACCGUUCACAAUAUCUACUGAAACGUCUCCAUUCACAAUAACAACUGAAAAGACUCCAUUCACAAUAACAACUGAACCAUCACCAUUAACAAUAACUACUGAAACGUCCCCAUUCACAAUAACAACUGAACAGACGCCGUUCACAGUAACAACUGAACCGUCACCAUUUACAAUAACUACUGAAACGUCCCCAUACACCGUAACAACUGAACAGACUCCAUUCACAAUAACAACUGCAACAUCCCCAUUCACAAUAACAACUGAACAAACGCCGUUCACAGUAACAACUGAAAUGUCAAUAUUUACAAUAAAUACUGAAACGUCCCCAUACACCGUAACAAGUGAACAGCCUCCAUUCACAAUAACUACUGAAACGUCCCCAUUCACAAUAACAACUGAACAGACGCCGUUCACAGUAACAACCGAACCGUCACCAUUUACAAUAACUACUAAAACGUCCCCAUACACCGUAACAACUGAACAGACUCCAUUCACAAUAACCACUGAAACGUCCCCAUUCACAAUAACAACUGAACAGACGCCGUUCACAGUAACAACAGAACCGUCACCAUUUACAAUAACUACUGAAACGUCCCCAUACACCGUAACAACUGAACAGACUCCAUUCACAAUAACAACUGCAACGUCCCCAUUCACAAUAACAACUGAACAGACGCCGUUCACAGUAACAACUGAAAGGUCACCAUUUACAAUAACUACUGAAACGUCCCCAUACACCGUAACAACUGAACAGACUCCAUUCACAAUAACUACUGAAACGUCCCCAUUUACAAUAACAACUGAACAGACGCCGUUCACAAUAACAACAGAACCGUCACCAUUUACAAUAACUACUGAAACGUCCCCAUACACCGUAACAACUGAACAGACUCCAUUCACAAUAACAACUGCAACGUCCCCAUUCACAAUAACAACUGAACAAACGCCGUUCACAGUAACAACUGAAAGGACACCAUUUACAAUAACUACUGAAACGUCCCCGUACACCGUAACAACUGAACAGACUCCAUUCACAAUAACUACUGAAACGUCCCCAUUCACAAUAAUAACUGAACAGACGCCGUUCACAGUAACAACCGAACCUUCACCAUUUACAAUAACUACUGAAACAGCCCCAUACACCGUAACAACUGAACAGACUCCAUUCACAAUAACAACUGCAACGUCCCCAUUCACAAUAACAACUGAACAGACGCCGUUCACAGUAACAACCGAACCGUCACCAUUUACAAUAACUACUGAAACGGCCCCAUAUACCGUAACAACUGAACAGACUCCAUUCACAAUAACAACCGCAACGUCCCCAUUCACAAUAACAACUGAACAGACGCCGUUCACAGUAACAACUGAAAGGUCACCAUUUACAAUAACUACUGAAACGUCCGUAUACACCGUAACAACUGAACAGACUCCAUUCACAAUAACUACUGAAACGUCCCCAUUCACAAUAACAACUGAACAGACGCCGUUCACAGUAACAACAGAACCGUCACCAUUUACAAUAACUACUGAAACGUCCCCAUACACCGUAACAACUAAACAGACUCCAUUCACAAUAACAACUGCAACGUCCCCAUUCACAAUAACAACUGAACAGACGCAGUUCACAGUAACAACUGAACCGUCUCCGUUGACAAUAACAACUGAACCAUCUCCAUUUACUAUAACUGCUGAACCGUCCCCGUUGACAAUCACAACUGAACCCUCUCCAUUUACUAUAACAGAUGAACCGUCCCCAUUCACAGUAACAACUCAACCGUCCCCGUUGACAAUCACAACUGAACCCUCUCCAUUUACUAUAACAGCUAAACCGUCCCCAUUCACAAUAACAACUGAACCGUUCCCGUUGACAAUAACAACAGAACCCUCACCAUUUACUAUAACAGCGGAACCGUCCCCAUUCACAAUAACAACUGAACCGUCCCCGUUGACAAUCUCAACUAAACCCUCUCCAUUUACUAUAACAGCUGAACCGUCCCCAUUUACAGUAACAACUGAACCGUCCCCGUUGACAAUCACAACUGAACCAUCUCCAUUUACUAUAACAGCUGAACCGACCCCAUUCACAAUAACACCUGAACCGUUCCCGUUGACAAUAACAACAGAACCCUCACCAUUUACUAUAACAGCUGAACCGUCCCCAUUCACAGUAACAACUGAACCGUCCCCGUUGACAAUCACAACUGAAGCCUCUCCAUAUACUAUAACAGCCGAACCGUCCCCAUUCACAGUAACAACUGAACCGUCCCCGUUGACAAUCACAACUGAAGCCUCUCCAUAUACUAUAACAGCCGAACCGUCCCCAUUCACAGUAACAGCUGAACCGUCCCCGUUGACAAUAACAAAAGAACCCACACCAUUUACUAUAACAGCUGAACCGUCCCCAUUUACAAUAACAACUGAACCGUCCCCGUUGACAAUAACAACAGAACCCUCAUCAUUUACUAUAACAGCUGAACCGUCCCCAUUCACAAUAACAACUGAACCGUCCCCGUUGACAAUCACAACUGAACCCUCUCCAUUUACUAUUACAGCUGAACCGUCCCCAUUUACAAUAACAACUAAACCGUCCCCGUUUACUAUAACAGCUGAACCGUCCCCAUUCACAGCAACAACUGAACCGUCCCCGUUGACAAUAACAACAGAACCCUCACCAUUUACUAUAACGGCUGAACCGUCUCCAUUCACAGUAACAACUGAACCGUCCCCAUUCACAGUAACAGCUGAACCGUCCCCGUUGACAAUAACAACUGAACCGUCCCCGUUGACAAUAACAACAGAACCCUCACCAUUUACUAUAACGGCUGAACCGUCUCCAUUCACAGUAACAACUGAACCGUCCCCAUUCACAGUAACAGCUGAACCGUCCCCAUUUACAAUAACAACUGAACCGUCCCCGUUGACAAUAACAACAGAACCCUCACCAUUUACUAUAACGGCUGAACCGUCUCCAUUCACAGUAACAACUGAACCGUCCCCAUUCACAAUCACAACUGAACCCUCUCCAUUUACUAUAACAGCUGAACCGUUGCCAUUCACAGUAACAACUGAACCGUCCCCGUUGACAAUCACAACUGAACCAUCUCCAUUUACUAUAACAGCUGAACCGUCCCCAUUCACAGUAACAACUGAACCGUCCCCGUUGACAAUCACAACUGAACCCUCUCCACUUACUAUAACAGCUGAACCGUCGCCAUUCACAGUAACAACUGAACCGUCCCCGUUGACAAUCACAACUGAACCCUCUCCAUUUACUAUAACAACUGAUCCGUCCCCAUUCACAGUAACAACUGAACCGUCCCCGUUGACAAUCACAACUGAACCAUCUCCAUUUACUAUAACAGCUGAACCGUCCCCAUUCACAGUAACAACUGAACCGUCCCCGUGGACAAUCACAACUGAACCCUCUCCAUUUACUAUAACAGCUGAACCGUCGCCAUUCACAGUAACAACUGAACCGUCCCCGUUGACAAUCACAACUGAACCAUCUCCAUUUACUAUAACAGCUGAACCGUCGCCAUUCACAGUAACAACUGAACCGUCCCCGUUGACAAUCACAACUGAACCCUCUCCAUUUACUAUAACAGCUGAUCCGUUCCCAUUCACAGUAACAACUGAACCGUCCCCGCUGACAAUCACAACUGAACCCUCUCCAUUUACUAUAACAGCUGAUCCGUCGCCAUUCACUGUAACCACUGAACCGUCCCCGUUGACAAUCACAACUGAACCAUCUCCAUUUACUAUAACAGCUGAACCGUUGCCAUUCACAGUAACAACUGAACCGUCCCCGUUGACAAUCACAACUGAACCCUCUCCAUUUACUAUAACAACUGAACCGUCGCCAUUGACAGUCACGACUGAACCCUCUCCAUUUACUAUAACAGCUGAACCGUCGCCAUUCACAGUAACAACUGAACCGUCCCCAGUGACAAUCACAACUGAACCCUCUCCAUUUACUAUAACAACUGAACCGUCGCCAUUCACAGUAACAACUGAACCGUCCCCGUUGACAAUCACAACUGAACAAUCUCCAUUUACUAUAACAGCUGAACCGUUGCCAUUCACAGUAACAACUGAACCGUCCCCGUUGACAAUCACAACUGAACCCUCUCCAUUUACUAUAACAACUGAACCGUCGCCAUUGACAGUCACGACUGAACCCUCUCCAUUUACUAUAACAGCUGAACCGUCGCCAUUCACAGUAACAACUGAACCGUCCCCAGUGACAAUCACAACUGAACCCUCUCCAUUUACUAUAACAGCUGGACCGUCCCCAUUCACUGUAACAACUGAACCAUCCCCAUUGACAAUCACAACUGAACCCUCUCCAUUUACUAUAACAGCUGAACCGUCCCCAUUUACAGUACCAACUGAACCGUCCCCAUUUACAAUCACAACUGAACCCUCUCCAUUUACUAUAACAGCUGAACCGUCGCCAUUCACAGUAACAACUGAACCGUCCCCGUUGACAAUCACAACUGAACCCUCUCCAUUUACUAUAACAGCUGAACCGUCGCCAUUCACAGUAACAACUGAACCGUCCCCGGUGACAAUCACAACUGAACCCUCUCCAUUUACUAUAACAACUGAACCGUCGCCAUUGACAGUCACGACUGAACCCUCUCCAUUUACUAUAACAGCUGAACCGUCGCCAUUCACAGUAACAACUGAACCGUCCCCAGUGACAAUCACAACUGAACCCUCUCCAUUUACUAUAACAGCUGGACCGUCCCCAUUCACUGUAACAACUGAACCAUCCCCAUUGACAAUCACAACUGAACCCUCUCCAUUUACUAUAACAGCUGAACCGUCCCCAUUCACAGUAACAACUGAACCGUCCCCGUUGACAAUCACAACUGAACCAUCUCCAUUUACUAUAACAGCUGAACCGUCCCCACUCACAGUAACAACUGAACCGUCCCCAUUGACAAUCACAACUGAACCCUCUCCGUUUACUAUAACAGCUGAACCGUCGCCAUUCACAGUAACAACUGAACCGUCCCCGGUGACAAUCACAACUGAACCCUCUCCAUUUACUAUAACAGCUGAACCGUCGCGAUUCACAGUAACAACUGAACCGUCCCCGUUGACAAUCACAACUGAACCCUCUCCAUUUACUAUAACAAAUGAACCGUCCCCAUUCAUAGUAACAACUGAACCGUCCCCGUUGACAAUCACAACUGAACAAUCUCCAUUUACUAUAUCAGCUGAACCGUCCCCAUUCACAGUAACAACUGAACUGUCCCCGUUGAUAAUAACAACUGAACCCUCUCCAUUUACUAUAACAGCUGAACCGUCGCCAUUCACAGUAACAACUGAAACGUCCCCAUUGACAAUCACAACUGAGCCCUCUCCAUUUACUAUAACAAUUGAACCGUCGCCAUUCACAGUAACAACUGAACCGUCCCCGUUGACAAUCACAACUGAACCCUCUCCAUUUACUAUAACAGCUGAACCGUCACCAUUCACAGUAACAACUGAACCGUCCCCGGUGACAAUCACAACUGAACCCUCUCCAUUUACUAUAACAACUGAACCGUCGCCAUUGACAGUCACGACUGAACCCUCUCCAUUUACUAUAACAGCUGAACCGUCGCCAUUCACAGUAACAACUGAACCGUCCCCAGUGACAAUCACAACUGAACCCUCUCCAUUUACUAUAACAGCUGGACCGUCCCCAUUCACUGUAACAACUGAACCAUCCCCAUUGACAAUCACAACUGAACCCUCUCCAUUUACUAUAACAGCUGAACCGUCCCCAUUCACAGUAACAACUGAACCGUCCCCGUUGACAAUCACAACUGAACCAUCUCCAUUUACUAUAACAGCUGAACCGUCCCCACUCACAGUAACAACUGAACCGUCCCCAUUGACAAUCACAACUGAACCCUCUCCGUUUACUAUAACAGCUGAACCGUCGCCAUUCACAGUAACAACUGAACCGUCCCCGGUGACAAUCACAACUGAACCCUCUCCAUUUACUAUAACAGCUGAACCGUCGCGAUUCACAGUAACAACUGAACCGUCCCCGUUGACAAUCACAACUGAACCCUCUCCAUUUACUAUAACAAAUGAACCGUCCCCAUUCAUAGUAACAACUGAACCGUCCCCGUUGACAAUCACAACUGAACAAUCUCCAUUUACUAUAUCAGCUGAACCGUCCCCAUUCACAGUAACAACUGAACUGUCCCCGUUGAUAAUAACAACUGAAUCCUCUCCAUUUACUAUAACAGCUGAACCGUCGCCAUUCACAGUAACAACUGAACCGUCACCGUUGACAAUCACAACUGAACCCUCUCCAUUGACUAUAACAGCUGAACCGUUCCCAUUCACAGUAACAACUGAACCGUCCCCGUUGACAAUCACAACUGAACCCUCUCCAUUUACUAUAACAGCUGAUCCGUCCCCAUUCACAGUAACAACUGAACCGUCCCCGUUGACAAUCACAACUGAACUAUCUCCAUUUACUAUAACAGCUGAACCGUCCCCAUUCACAGUAACAACUGAACCGUCCCCAUUGACAAUCACAACUGAACCCUCUCCAUUUACUAUAACAGCUGAACCGUCGCCAUUCACAGUAACAACUGAACCGUCUCCGGUGACAAUCACAACUGAACCCACUCCAUUUACUAUAACAGCUGAACCGUCCCCAUUCACAAUAACAACUGAACCGUCCCCGUUGACAAUCACAACUGAACUAUCUCCAUUUAGUAUAACAGCUGAACCGUCCCCAUUCACAGUAACAACUGAACCGUCACCAUUGACAAUCACAACUGAACCCUCUCCAUUUACUAUAACAGCUGAACCGUCGCCAUUCACAGUAACAACUGAACCGUCGCCGGUGACAAUCACAACUGAACCAUCUCCAUUUACUAUAACAGCUGAUCCGUCGCCAUUCACAGUAACAGCUGAACCGUCCCCAUUGACAAUCACAACUGAACCAUCUCCAUUUACUAUAACAGCUGAACCGUCCCCAUUCACAGUAACAGCUGAACCGUCUACAUUGACAAUCACAACUGAACCCUCUCCAUUUACUAUAACAGCUGAACCGUCCCCAUUCACUGUAACAACUGAACCAUCCCCAUUGACAAUCACAACUGAACCCUCUCCAUUUACUAUAACAGCUGAACCGUCCCCAUUCACAGUACCAACUGAACCGUCCCCAUUGACAAUCACAACUGAACCCUAUCCAUUUACUAUAACAGCUGAACCGUCGCCAUUCACCGUAACAACUGAACCGUCCCCGUUGACAAUCACAACUGAACCCUCUCCAUUUACUAUAACAGCUGAACCGUACCCAUUCACAGUAACAACUGAACCGUCCCCGUUGACAAUCACAACUGAACCCUCUCCAUUUACUAUAACAGCUGAUCCGUCCCAAUUUACAGUAACAACUGAACCGUCCCCGUUGACAAUCACAACUGAACCAUCUCCAUUUACUAUAACAGCUGAACCGUCCCCAUUCACAGUAACAACUGAACCGUCCUCAUUGACAAUCACAACUGAACCCUCUCCAUUUACUAUAACAGCUGAACCGUCGCCAUUCACAGUAACAACUGAACCGUCCCCGUUGACAAUCACAACUGAACCCUCUCCAUUUACUAUAACAGCUGAACCGUCCCCAUUCACAGUAACAACUGAACCGUCCCCGUUGACAAUCACAACUGAACAAUCUCCAUUUACUAUAUCAGCUGAACCGUCCCCAUUCACAGUAACAACUGAACCGUCCCCGUUGACAAUAACAACUGAACCCUAUCCAUUUACUAUAACAGCUGAACCGUCGCCAUUCACAGUAACAACUGAACCGUCCCCAUUGACAAUCACAACUGAGCGCUCUCCAUUUACUAUAACAACUGAACCGUCGCCAUUCACAGUAACAACUGAACCGUCCCCGUUGACAAUCACAACUGAACCAUCUCCAUUUACUAUAACAGCUGAACCGUCCCCAUUCACAUUAACAACUGAACCGUCCCCAUUGACAAUCACAACUGAACCCUCUCCAUUUACUAUAACAGCUGAACCGUCCCCAUUCACAUUAACAACUGAACCGUCCCCAUUGACAAUCACAACUGAACCCUCUCCAUUUACUAUAACAGCUGAACCGUCUCCACUCACAGUAACAACUGAACCGUCCCCGUUGACAAUCACAACUGAACCCUCUCCAUUUACUAUAACAGCUGAACCGUCGCCAUUCACAGUAACCACUGAACCGUCCCCGUUGACAAUCACAACUGAACCCUCUCCAUUUACUAUAACAGCUGAACCGUCCCCAUUCACAGUAACAACUGAACCGUCCCCGUUGACAAUCACAACUGAACCAUCUCCAUUUACUAUAACAGCUGAACCGUCCCCAUUCACAGUAACAACUGAACCGUCCCCAUUGACAAUCACAACUGAACCCUCUCCAUUUACUAUAACAGCUGAACCGUCGCCAUUCACAGUAACAACUGAACCGUCCCCGGUGACAAUCACAAGUGAACUCUCUCCAUUUACUAUAACAGCUGAACCGUCCCCAUUCACAGUAACAACUGAACCGUCCCCGUUGACAAUCACAACUGAACAAUCUCCAUUUACUAUAUCAGCUGAACCGUCCCCAUUCACAGUAACAACUGAACCGUCCCCGUUGACAAUAACAACAGAACCCUCACCGUUUACUAUAACAGCUAAACCGUCCCCAUUUACAAUAACAACUGAACCGUCCCCGUUGACAAUAAUAACAGAACCCUCUCCAUUUACUAUAACAGCUGAACCGUCCCCAUUCACAGUAACAACUGAACCGUCCCCGUUGACAAUCACAACUGAAACAUCUCCAUUUACUAUAACAGCUGAACCGUCCUCAUUUACAGUAACAACUGAACCGUCCCCGUUGACAAUCACAAAUGAACCCUCUCCAUUUACUAUAACAGCUGAACCGUCGCCAUUCACAGUAACAACUGAACCGUCCCCGUUGACAAUCACAACUGAACCCUCUCCAUUUACUAUAACAGCUGAACCGUCGCCAUUCACAGUAACAACUGAACCGUCCCCGUUGACAAUCACAACUGAACCAUCUCCAUUUACUAUAACAGCUGAACCGUCCCCAUUCAAAGUGACAACUGAACCGUCCCCAUUGCCAAUCACAACGGAACCCUCUCCAUUUACUAUAACAGCUGAACCGUCCCCGUUGACAAUCACAACUGAAACAUCUCCAUUUACUAUAACAGCUGAACCGUCCUCAUUUACAGUAACAACUGAACCGUCCCCGUUGACAAUCACAAAUGAACCCUCUCCAUUUACUAUAACAGCUGAACCGUCGCCAUUCACAGUAACAACUGAACCGUCCCCGUUGACAAUCACAACUGAAACAUCUCCAUUUACUAUAACAGCUGAACCGUCUCCAUUCACAGUAACAACUGAACCGUCCCCGUUGACAAUCACAACUGAAACAUCUCCAUUUACUAUAACAGCUGAACCGUCCUCAUUUACAGUAACAACUGAACCGUCCCCGUUGACAAUAAUAACAGAACCCUCUCCAUUUACUAUAACAGCUGAACCGUCCCCAUUCACAGUAACAACUGAACCGUCCCCGUUGACAAUCACAUCUGAAACAUCUCCAUUUACUAUAACAGCUGAACCGUCCUCAUUUACAGUAACAACUGAACCGUCCCCGUUGACAAUCACAAAUGAACCCUCUCCAUUUACUAUAACAGCUGAACCGUCGCCAUUCACAGUAACAACUGAACCGUCCCCGUUGCCAAUCACAACCGAACCCUCUCCAUUUACUAUAACAGCUGAACCGUCUCCAUUCACAGUAACAACUGAACCGUCCCCGUUGACAAUCACAACUGAACCCUCUCCAUUUACUAUAACAGAUUAUCCGUCCCCAUUCACAAUAGCAACUGAACCGUCCCCGUUGACAAUCACAACUGAACCAUCUCCAUUUACUAUAACAGCUGAACCGUCGCCAUUUACUAUAACAGCUGAAUCGUCCCCAGUCACAAUAACAACUGAACCGUCCCCGUUGACAAUAACAACAGAACCCUCACCAUUUACUAUAACAGCUGAACCGUCGCCAUUUACAAUAACAACUGAACCGUCCCCGUUGACAAUAACAACAGAACCGUCUCCAGUCACAAUAACAACUGAUCCGUCUCCAUUCAAAAUAACGACUUUAACCACAAUUAAAUUAUCUCCUUCAAGUUCAAUUACACAUAUACCUCCUGUACCCAUUCGAAGUGAUUCUACUAGUACCACUAAAUCAUACAGUAUUGAUAACGAGAUUGAAGACAGUUCUCUAUCGUCACGUGAUGUUAAUAGGCCGUUAUUUGAUGUUCACGAUUUGGGUCCGUUGUUAGAUAACUCGGCUUUUGUAAAUACUAAGCUUAAAGCAGACAAUGGUGAAAAUAGUUUCUUAUCUGCUCCUGUACAUACUAACAUCAAGACUAACAUUAAUCAACUCAAGUCUGAUCAUCUAACAAAUGCUUUAUCUAAAUCAAUUGAUCCAACGUCCUAUGAAAUGAGACAGACUGAAUAUACAGCGUUAGGAAUCGUCAUGUCUAUAGUUGCAAGAGGAUACAUAUUAUGGAUAUUGAAUGUAGUUUUUGCCAUCGUUUUAAUGGUUUCUGUUUGUCGACAGAGACGGAAGCCCCGUCGAUCGUUACUUUCACCUAUAAAUGCCUAUCAAUCAGGGCCAGCGCCAUUUAGUCUGUACGACAACGUACAAAUAGACAACACCUUCGAAAACAGAGGCUUCGACUCAGAGGAAAGCCUAUUUAGCCCUCCAUCAAGUGAACUCCGAAGACCUUCAAAUGGUCUAAAUCCACUGAGCAACAGCGCAAUGAAUCCAUUACACCCCUACGAAUACGGAAGACCUCCGUCAGACGAAAGCAGGCUGGCCAAGAUUGGUAAGGCCCAAGCACCUGGAAGAAGAUCUCCACCUCGCAACGUUCCUUCACCUACUGUACCAAAUCUGUCAGAUAUGUAUCCCUAUGGCAUGCCGCCUUAUAUUCCUGAACCAGAUUACACGCCACCAAGCAGUCCCAAAUUGCAACCGAAAUCAGUAUUGAGACCCAAAACGAAAUACGAACUUUAAAUCGAAGAAAUGCGAAGAAACUACGAGAAGAAUUACGCUUUAAAUCGAAAUCAAAAUCCUGUUGGAUUUUACAUUGAGAGUAUCGUAACUAUGUAUCAUUAACAAAUUAUUUAUUCCCUCUACAAUGAAAUAUUGUAAAUGUAGAAUAAAUAUAUCUUGUAGAUUUUUCUUAUUAUAUAAUUAGACAAGUA